GGUUAGAAUGUAAUGCUAACAAUAUUUCAACGUAAUAAGGCUCAUUAACGUUUUAACCUGUUAUUAAGUACUUAUAACGUAAUAAUUAUGAUAUAAAAUAAUCACUAUGGAGUUCACAAGUUUGAUCUUGCCUCUGACGAAAAAUAUAUGCCGAACUUGUUUAAGUGAAUUCAACUGCGAUGAUCCGACAAUGUAUAUGAACAUACAAGAUUUAGUCGAACAUGAAAUGAAUAAGAUAAAACUUAUUGAUAUAUUGGUGUUCUUAAAUUGUUUAGAAAACAAUGAUGAGGAAAAUUGGCCUCAAGGGAUGUGUGCGUCGUGUGUUUCUACAGCUUUACUAGCUUAUAAUUUUAAGAUAAAUUGUCUAAAAGCUAAUGUCACAAUUUCUCAAAUAUUUACAGUUCAGUCAAACCCAAACCAUUUACCACGCUCAGAUAUUGAUACGAUUGAUAUAAAUGUUGUUUAUCAAGACCAUGAAUAUGACGUACCACUUUUUAGUAACCAUGUAGCAAUCAAUUUUGAGCCAGAAGUACCUGAAAGUAAAGAACUAACGCCUUUACCACCCGUAACAGAAAUAGCUUCAACGGAAAGGCUUCAAUUAAAAGAAGGUGAUAAGAAGUACGCAUGUAGUUUAUGUUCUAAAUCAUUCACAAGGGUCCACAGUUUGAAGUAUCACAUGGCUAAACAUAGUGACUUUCGUAGAUUUCUUUGCCCCAAAUGCGGCAAGAGUUUCCAUACAUCUAGUGGACUGCGUCAACAUUUAUUAUCUCAUAUUGAUGUAAACCAAUUUAAGUGUGGAUUUUGUAAUAAAACUUACAAAUCGAGACAAUCUUUAAAAGAACAUUUCCGAGUAGCACAUUCUAGUAAUCGCAAGUUGUUUGUCUGUGUUACAUGUGGUAAGAGGUUUACAGCAAAAUCAACUUUAAUGAUGCAUAUUAAGAGUCACAAGGGAUUAAAAGAAUUUCCCUGUCCAGAUUGUCCUAAAUCAUACACACGAGCAUCUUAUUUGCAAGCUCAUAGGUUGAUUCAUUUGGGUCAAGAGAAGCCGAGGCCAUUUGUUUGCAUGUACAAGGAUUGCAAUAGACGUUUUGCUACUAAGCAUUCUUUAGUAGUACAUAUAGCACAUUCUCAUACCGUGGACCGACCACAUAAAUGUGAUAUGUGCUCCAAAGGAUUCGCCACAACCUCUGGUUUGAAAGUUCAUAAGGAAUCUCAUACAAACAUUGAGGUUACCUGUAGUAUGUGCAACAAAAAAUUUUCAAACAAAAGAGUGUUACAAAAACAUAUAAAGGCACACGGCACACAAAAUGAAGUUGUUUCUACAAAUGUUGAUAAUUUCUGCUAACCUACAAAUUUGACUUCAAGAUUUCAAGACUUCAAUAUUUUGUCAUAACAGUUGAGUCUUAAAUUGCUGAAUAAAAAAAAAAUGUUAAAUUUU